AUGUCGCAUUGUCCCAGCUUACACGCCUUUGCGCGUGGCUUCUGUCGCACCCCUUGUGAGACGCGGUUUAUUGACAAGCCCGUGAAGCUGUACUGGUCGCAGAGGGCGGCGCCGUCGCAGCGUGACCGGGGAGCAGCGGGGCUGCUUAUAACGGAGCAGCAGGCCAGGCCCGCGGAGGAUCGAGGGGCACGCCGUGAAUCUGUAUCGCGGAUGGCGCAGAAUGAAGCGACAAAAAAGUCGGCGGACACGCGGGCAGGAGAGGAAGCAACGCGUGGGGAAGGGGAGGGGGCGGAAUGGGAGUGUGGGGUGGAGGAGGAGCAGAGGGCGGGGGAAGGGUGGAGCGUCACGGGGGUGGCGAGGUUCGGGCGAGUGGAGGUGGAAGGAGCGGGCGCGGAGAGGGCUCUCGCCAACCAGCGCACGUGCUUCUCCGUGACUGGUGGGCCUGGGAGACGGACUGGGAGACAGGGGCGGGGAAGGGCUGCGAGGGGCGGGGAAGGGCUGCGAGGAGCAGUGCCUAGCUAG